AUGCGCUCUGUUAUCAGUCCACGGGUCCUUCCCUGGAAACACGUCAGAAGCCCUGCUCGGACGCCUCUAUUGAGAGCUGGAGUAGCUACCAGUGGCCACUUCAAGCUGCCAAAUGCUCGUAACGAAGAAAACCUACAUUAUGCAAAGUCCUCUCCAGAGAGAGUACAGCUCGACGAGGCCUUGCUAGCAUUGCGCUCCAAGCUUCCACUCCAAGUCCCACUUCACGUUUCGGGCAAGUCGAAAUCAACGAGCCAGUCUUUGACAUCAACUAUGCCGUCGGAGCAUGCUCAAGAGUUUGCGAGGUCCAGUGCUGCGAGCGUCGAGGAUGUCGAAAAUGCGAUCAAGUCAGCGCUCGAGGCCAAGAAGUCAUGGCAGGUAGUUCCAUUCGUGGAUCGUGCUGCAAUCUUUCUGAAGGCCGCAGAGUUGGUGGCUGGAAAGUACAGAUACGACUUGAUAGCGGCGACAAUGCUAGGUCAAGGCAAGAACGUCUGGCAGGCUGAGAUUGACGCUGCUGCCGAACUCGCAGACUUCUUUCGGUUCAACGUCUCAUACGCUGAAGAGCUCUACAACAAGCAGCCAACAUUGAAUGCGCCUGGCAACUUUGGGUUAGUCAUGUUUGCUAGCACAAUAGGAAUACCGAUACUGACACUACAAAGGCGCACAGAUUGGAGGCCCCUCGAGGGCUUUGUCUAUGCCAUAUCACCUUUCAACUUCACGGCCAUUGGUGGUAAUCUCGUUUCCGGUCCAGCUAUCAUGGGUAACGUCGUUUUGUGGAAGCCAUCGCCAACAGGUGUCUAUACAAGCUGGCUGGUGUACCAAAUCCUUCUCGAAGCCGGUCUCCCGCCCAACGUCAUCCAAUUCCUGCCCGGCGAUGCAGAGCUUAUCACGAAUACCGUAUAUGAACACAAGGAGUUUUCAGCUCUGAACUUUACCGGCUCCUCGGACGUCUUCCGUAGCCUAUACGGAAAGGCAGCAGAAGGUGUUGUCAGCAGAAAGUACCGCGAUAUGCCGCGAAUGGUAGGAGAAACAUCUGGCAAGAACUUCCACCUCAUACACUCUUCGGCCGAUAUCAGCAAUUCAGUCAAGCAUACCGUGCGAGCUUCUUUCGAAUAUUCUGGUCAAAAAUGCUCCGCCUGCUCCCGCGUCUAUAUCCCGCAAAGUAAGGCACAAGAAUUCCUUGAUCAAAUCAAGAAAGAGGUGGAGCCGAUUAAGGUGGGCCCGCCUGAAGACUACGAGAACUUUUUGGGUCCAGUCAUCCACAAAGGAGCCUUCGAUAAAAUCACCAAGAUCAUAGACAAGGCGAAUGGCGACAGUAAAUUACAAAAUGUCUUUGGCGGGUCAUACGAUGGUAGCAAGGGCCACUUCAUCCAGCCCUCGCUGUAUGUCGCGAACACGCUUGAUCACGAGUUGUUCGAUCAAGAAAUCUUCGGCCCAGUGCUUGUGGCGUACGUCUACCCUGAUCAAGACUUUGAGCAAGUCAUGGCCAAGAUCGAUACACAAGGAGGCGGAUUUGCUUUGACAGGCGCAGUCUUCGCAAAUGAUCGCGAGGUUCUACGUCAAGCAGAAGACACGCUGCGAUACUCGGCCGGCAACUUCUACAUCAAUUGCAAGACGACAGGAGCCGUCAUUGGUCAUCAAUCAUUCGGUGGGAGCAGAAGCAGUGGAACAAACGACAAGGCUGGAAGUGCGAAUGCUCUGAUGCGAUUCACUUCACCUAGGACUUUGAAGGAAGAGAUGAUUCCGCUACAAUCUGUGCUCUACCCUAGUAACCUUGCUUAA